AUGGUUUUCGGUAGAAUACUAUCAAUACGUGAUAGUGUGAUGAACAAUUCAGGUGGUUUUACGCCGGAAACACCUUUACGUAUUUCUCCAAUUAUCGUUCCUACACUGGAACUUAUACUUGGUACAAUAACUUAUUUGGUAUGGGUGCUGUCCGUCAUAAUAUCCGUCCCUCCACUAAUUGGCUGGAAUGACUGGUCUUCACAGAAGCUACGCGAUCACUGCGAACUCUCUUCAGAAAGGGCAUUCGUCGUAUUCUCUGCAUCUGGGUCUUUUUUUCUGCCUCUUCUCGUCAUGGUUGUUGUAUACGUGAAAAUUUUCCUAAGCGCUCGACAACGAAUACGUACAAAUAGAGGUCGCAGUGCUUUAAUGCGUAUUCAACACACGUCUCCAGAAGAACUUGAGGAUAGACGACAUUAUAAGAGAUUUUCUAUGGAAAGUUCAAAAACAAUAAGUCGAGUGGGGGAGAAAACUCCUUUAGUACAUAUUGCGGAUGGAACGGCUGUCACUGGAAUUCUACCAAAUACGGUUAUCGAUAGUAAGAGACGUAGCACUGUUGAAACAACUAAGGCAAUGAAGUACCAUAAUAAUGGUUGUGCACGUAAAGAAAAAGAGGAAGAGAAUCCAACAGCAAUGCUUCGAAAGCGAGAGAAAAUCAGUGUUGCAAAGGAAAAAAGGGCAGCAAAAACUAUUGCUGUUAUAAUUUUCGUAUUCUCAUUUUGUUGGCUACCGUUCUUCUGCGCAUACGUGAUAUUGCCAUUCUGUGAAACAUGUACUCUACAUCCAAAAGUAAAUCAGGCAUUCACUUGGCUCGGAUAUAUUAAUUCAUCAUUAAAUCCAUUUCUAUACGGUAUACUUAAUCUGGAAUUUCGAAGAGCAUUUAAAAAAAUACUCUGCCCUAAAGCUGUAAUUGAACAGAGAAGACGACGAUUAAGCGCACAACCUUAA